AUGCUCCAGAACCUGGAGAAACUCCAUCAACAGGGCUUGGACCUGGAGAAACUCCCCCACAAGGACCUGGUGAAACUCCACCAGAAGGACCUGGAGAAACUCCUCCAGAAGGAGCUGGUGAAACUCCACCAGAAGGAGCUGGUGAAACUCCUCCAGAAGGACCUGGUGAAACUCCUCCAGAAGGACCUGGACCUGGAGAAACUCCACCUGAAGGACCUGGAGAAACUCCUCCAGAAGGACCUGGAGAAAUCCCCAGAAGGACUGGAGAAACUCCCAGAAGGACCUGGAGAAACUCCUCCAGAAGGACCUGGAGAAACUCCACCAGAAGGACCUGGAGAAACUCCUCCAGAAGGACCUGGAGAAACUCCAGAAGGACCUGGAGAAACUCCUCCAGAAGGACCUGGUGAAACUCCUCCAGAAGGACCUGGAGAAACUUCACCAGAAGGACCUGGAGAAACUCCAUGA